CAGCUUCUUCUUGUUCUUCUUGUUCUUCCUUUUUUUUUUUUUUUUUCUUUAAAAAAAAUCUUUUCUUUUUUUAGUUUCAUGGGUUCCCUUUCUUUUUCUCACUCAAUCUUUUACCUUUCUUUCUAGCUUUCCGUAGCUUUAUAUUGAGCUUUUCUGUUAUCUCUUAUCAGUUCACUUUCCAUUUCAAAAUCUUUUUCUUUGCACUUUUGUUUUUCUUUCACAGAGAUUUCUUGAAACUAGAGAAUUAGAACUGUUUGAUUUGGUCAAUUCUCAUUUGAUAUAUAGAGAGAGGUCUUCAAGGUCUGAGUGUUAGAAACUAAGCUCUGGAUUUGGGAAUCUAUAGCUUUAAGAAAAGCAAAAUCCAGUUUGUGAACAAUUAAGGUUUUACAUUAGUAAACAAGAGAACAGUAGGGUUUUAGCUUCUCUCGUUUUCUUCUCUUUAAAGAAAUGGAAAACAUUUCUGGUCUUGUUAAGGAAGAUGAUCAGAUGGAUUUACCACCAGGAUUUCGAUUCCACCCGACUGAUGAAGAGCUUAUUUCUCACUACCUGUACAAGAAAGUUCUUGACAUCAGCUUCUCUUCUAGAGCUAUUGGAGAUGUGGAUUUGAACAAGUCUGAACCAUGGGAAUUACCAUGGAAAGCGAAAAUGGGUGAGAAAGAGUGGUACUUUUUCUGUGUAAGGGACAGAAAGUAUCCAACUGGUCUGAGGACAAAUAGGGCUACUGAAGCUGGUUACUGGAAAGCCACUGGAAAAGAUAAGGAGAUCUACAGAGGAAAAUCCCUUGUUGGAAUGAAAAAAACUCUUGUUUUUUACAAGGGUAGAGCUCCUAAAGGAGAGAAAACCAAUUGGGUCAUGCAUGAAUACAGAUUAGAGGGUAAAUACUCUAUCCACAACCUCCCCAAAACUGCAAAGAAUGAAUGGGUCAUUUGCAGGGUUUUCCAGAAGAGCUCUGGAGGAAAGAAAACCCAUAUUUCAGGACUAGUGAGGUUAGGUUCUUUCGGCAAUGAACUGGCUCCUACUGUUUUACCUCCAUUGAUGGACUCUUCACCUUAUACUGGCAAGACUAAACCUGUGGCUGAAUCAGCCUACGUGCCCUGCUUCUCCAAUCCUAUUGAUAUUCAAAGGAACCAACAAGAAUCCAUUGAUACUGCUUUCAACCACCAUCAACUGUUAUCAGUUUCUUCAAAUUCUUGUGAUAUUUUUCCAAGAUUUCCAUUUCCAAAUUCAUUCUACUCCACCCAGAGUUUACCAUUGUCAGCAAAUCUUCAGUAUCCAAGUUCUGGUUCAAUACCAGAAAAUUCAAUUUUAAGGGUCUUGGUUGAAAAUCAAGGAUCAAACGUGAAGCAGCAAAGCUUCAAAACAGAGAGGGAAAUGAUUAGCGCCUCCCAAGAAACAGGUUUAACUACUGAAAUGAACACCGAAAUCUCUUCUGUCAUUUCAAAUCUUGAAAUGGGCAAAAGGCCAUUUGAUGAUCAAGGAUUACCUUCUACUUGUGGUGGAGCAGUGGACCUUGAUUGUCUUUGGAACUACUGAGUUAUUAGAAAAUGACUUCAGGUACAAGUAAAAGAAGAAGAGGAAGAAGAAGUGAAGAUUUUCAAUUAGCAGUAUUAAUUUGAAAAAGAAAAAUGGUUUGGCUCGCUGUAUAGAUUUGUUGAAUCUAAUGGAGAGGUUGAAAGAAAGUGAAAGCAUAUUAUAUUAAUAUAUUGUAAGAAAUUACUUUUUAUUUCCCCAUUUUUCAUCUGAAAAAUUUGUGUAGGGAGUAUUACUGUAUUGGCAUGAUUAUAGUCAAGUUAUUCUGAUGUAUGAGAUUUAGUUGGUGGCUAACUUUUCUUUUUUAUUUUAAA